UCGACAUUGUAACCGCUCGGAUCUAUUCAUACUCGACAUUAGCCUUGCCUAACGUUAAUAUUACUCUGGUGUUAUCCUCGUGCUGAGAGUCUCCAACACCUCUAAUCGACCUCAUGAGUUGAUCAUCUCGACCGCGGUGCUUUGUUUUGGACACUGACACCAUCCGUCAUUCAUGUCCUCCCAACCGCCUUCUUCACCUCUGGUCGCCCAUUGAGGCAAUUACCAAUCCUCUCAUACCCUCCUAUCACAUUCCCUUCCGCUUCCAUGCACUCAUGGCGCCUACCGUUGCACACAUCGCGGGCCAGCUGCGGCAGUUGGUCUAUUAUCACCUCGAUAACAACCUCUUAAAGAACGCUCUGUUCCUCGCUGCUCGAUUACUAGCCUACGAACCCAGAUCCGCUGAAGCCGCCUACCUGUUGUCAUAUUGCCAGUACCAGUCUGGUUUCGUGAAAGCUGCUUGGGACACAAGCCGAUCUGCUGGUCUGAGAGGUUCACACCUUGGAUGCAGCUAUAUCUUUGCACAGGCCUCCCUCGAGCUGGGUCGCUACGUCGAUGGACUGACGGCACUGGAUAAGAGUAAACAACUAUGGCACAAUCGGAAUACUUGGGGUCAACACAACGAGACCAGGCGCCAACAUCUGCCAGACGCUGCGGCAGUCCUGUGUCUCAAGGGAAAACUGUGGAAGGCCCACAAGAACAUCGAUCAGGCCGUGGAAUCGUGGGCGGCGGCGCUUAAGCUGAAUCCGUUCAUGUGGGAUGCAUUUGCAGGACUGUCCGAGUCGGGUGCAAAGGUCAGCGUUCCAAACAUUUACAAAAUGUCCGCCGAGGUGAUAGCCGCUACACAUCUGGCGCAACAACAAACAGCAAAGGUAGAAACGGCGGGUGGCACUGAGAAGGUUCCGACAUCUAGUCAUGUUCCUCAAACGGAGCGAAAUCAGGGGUCUCAAGAUCCCUUCGUCUCGUCACACAAAGCGAAUGGAAACAAUUCUGUUCUCUGGGAGAAGUUGAACGGUAGUAAGAUCAGUGUCAACACAGCAAGCACUAUCUUGGACGAAGAGGGCCUGAAUACUCCAUCGACGGAACCAGAAGCGGAAGAAGCUGUAUUGAAUGGAGCGCCCAUUAACCAAUUUCACGACCCACCCCCAGCUCCUGUCCGGAAAGUGAAGAGUGCAGCAGAAGUUCCUGCAGACCCUCCUCCAAGGUGGAAGACUGGGUCAUCCCGGGUGAGAGCAAAGGCCAAGGGUCCUACUGACGAUACCACGGUAUUGCAGGACCCACCUCCACCAGCCGCGCCUUCUAAGAGAACGGUCUCGGGGCAGCCUACCUCCACGAAUCACACAGCCACCUCAGUCGCAGAAGGGACGAGAAGGAGUAACCGGCUGCUCAAUACUACAAGACAGCCGAGCGCAAGCAGCACAGCCGGAAGCAAGAUAUCGUCCUUGGCGAACACCCUUGGCCUUCGGGAAGGACGAGAUAUCAAGAAAGCAAAAGCGCCGGCUGUGAGAGCUAGGACAGCAAACACUUCAACCGUAGGAAGAGUAGUCAGUGGCAACCGGACGAGGACUGGUUCUGCCGAUGCAAUGGACGUCGAUAGCAAGGAGCAGAAAUCGACAAACAUACCACCAGUGCCACCUCUACCGAAUGCCCGCCUUCGAGCAGAGUCAAUUGCUACAAAAGAGCUCGAGGCCAUCCAGACACUACUCGACCUCUUUGGACGACUCGCAUCGGCUCAGUUGUGUUUAGCCAACUACGACUGCCAGACAGCCAUCCAAAUCUACAACUCUUUACCGUCUGCACAACGCGAAACCCCGUAUGUCCUGGCCCAAAUUGGCAAAGCAUACUAUGAGCAAGCCCAGUACGUGGAGGCCGACAAGUUCUUUGUUCGAGUGCGACAGCUUGCGCCUACUCGUCUAGAAGAUAUGGAGAUAUACUCCACGGUCCUGUGGCACCUGAAGAACGAAAUUGAACUAGCCAAUCUGGCACACGAACUUAUCGAGGUGGAAAGACUUUCACCUCAAGCUUGGUGUGCCAUCGGCAAUUCGUUCUCACUCCAACGCGAACACGAACACGCGUUGAAAUGCUUCAGGCGGUCAACACAACUUGACCCUCAGUUCGCCUACGGAUUCACACUGCAAGGCCAUGAAUAUAUUUCGAACGAGGAGUUUGAAAAGGCGCUGGAAGCGUACAGGGCCGCCAUAGCCGCCGAUGGUAGACAUUACAACGCCUGGUAUGGUCUCGGCAAAGUGUAUGAAAAGAUGGGCAAGUGGUCCAUCGCGGAGCAGCAUUAUCGAACAGCUGCCAAAAUUAACCCGACGAACGCGGUACUGAUCUGUUGUAUUGGCUUGGUCCUCGAGAGGCUCAAAGAGCCGGAGAAGGCGCUGCAGAUGUACACUCGCGCAUGCGCCUUGGCUCCCAACAGCGCACUCGGCCGGUUCAAGAAGGCCAGAUGUCUGAUGAGUUUGGGCAGGCCAAGGGACGCGUUGACAGAACUGCUUGUUUUAAGGGAUGUGGCCCCUGAUGAGGCGAAUGUGUGGUUCUUGAUGGGCAGGUUGUAUAAAACCCUCCGAGAAAAAGCCAAUGCUGUGAGGGCGUUUACCAUGGCGUUGAAUUUGGACCCGAAGGCUGCACAAUUCAUCAAGGAUGCUAUGGAGAGUCUGGAUGAUGAAGAUGAGGACGGAUAUGACGAGGAUGAAGAUAUGGAUUGAUGAGGUCUUACUGGGCAUGAUCAUCCUUUCGAAUGGAACGGUUGGGAGGGCAUUCGCGGCAUGAUCAUACUUGGUCUUUUUGGAAUGAGUAUUCGAACAUAUUAUAUGCGGCCUAUGAAAUUAUUGGCCAUAUAUUUCCAUGCCAUUGAGCAGGGAAUGGUGUUCCUGAUGCCUCCGCAACAGCCUAUCAUGGUCCCAGAAGCCUGGGGUGAAACGAUGUGAAUGCGCCAUUUCCAUGCCCUGGCCCUCCAACUGAUUGAAAGUGAUCAAGUAUGACUGAGACGAGGCCAUGUACCAAUGACAUAGCCGGGACCCGACUGCUUGAGAGCGACAAGCAAGAUAAGCACGAGCAUGAGGAGAAGCACCUCACUUACAAUACUCCAUUCGACAGGUGACAGCUUUAGCAAAUCGACGUCUUUGGUCAGUAUGGGUUCGAUAUCGACACCGCACUUUACUGGUACCCUCCUUGGGACUGCAUCAGGAGUUCCGACACUCUGUAAGUGCAGAACGUGAGUGCAGAGCAUGAGUUAUUGGAAACUUGAGCACGGUAUGGCACGGGCACUGCAUUGCGUUGCGUUGCGUU